ACACACACACACACACACACACACACACACACACACACUCACACACACACGCACACACACCCACAGUAGGAAAGAUGGCAGAGGCAGAGCGAACAUCUCAACCCAUCAACUUUGUCCAUCAGGAUGAAAUCUGGAAAGCCCAUGUGAACGCAGAAAAGGACCUAGCAGAGGUGUGGCCUAACAAGUGGGGUUUCCUCAGUGACGUCUACAAGGAGUAUGAAAGGGACAGCCUCAACCUGAAGAAAGUAGCCACAAUGGAACUUACCAAACGACCUUUGACUCCCCCAGAAAAAGUAGGCCCCUCCCCUCCAGUGCCAAAGACUAGUCAGGCUGUGAUUGGUUGGCGCUCCGCUCACUCUCACCUGCAUCUGGAAAGGUCCGGCAUGUUGCAUCAUGGGAGACGCAGUUUCAUCAAGGAGCUGGGCUGGCCUCACCAGGCUUGA